AUGGGUGGUUGUGUCGCAGGAGCAACCAUAGUUGCUGGUGUGGAAGGUGGUGGUGUCAAAGGUUCAGCCACGGGUGGUGGUGCCAAAGGAGCUACCAUAAAUGAUGGUGUGCAAGGAAGUGUUGAAGGAUCAACCAUGGGUGGUGGUGUCGAUGGAGCAACUAUAGUUGGUGGCGUGGAUGGAGGUGUCGAAGUUGGUGUUGUGGAAGGAGCAACCAUGGGUGGUGGCGUCGCAGGAGCAACCAUAGUUGGUGGUGUGGAAGGAGGUGUCGAAGGUGGUGGUGUGAAAGGAUCAACCACAGGUGGUUGUGUCGAAGGAGAUACCAUAAUUGGUGGUGUGGAAGGGGGUGUUGAAGGAGCAUGA